AAUAUUUCCAGAAUCCAAACAGGUCCCUCCCUUCAAACAAAAAAGAAGAAAAAUCAAACACUGAGAAUUGACCAAAGAAAUUUGAAUAGUCAUAUAAUCAUAAUCUUCUUCAUUCUCUCUCACGAGUACUAAUCAAAGGUACUCCACCAAAAAAUCUAAAAACCACAACCACUCCUAGGAUUGUGUAAACCAGAGAGAGAAGAGGAGAGGAGAAAUGAUUAAGAUUCCAUAUUUGACCGCCUUGAGCACCUACUUCAGCUAUGGAUUGCUCUUCGUUUUUGGCCAUUUCCGUGAUUUCUUUCGUAAAAUCCUCGAUUGCUUCCACCCCAGCAAUCUUCAGGGCUACGCACCGAUUUGUCUAGGACCCGAAGACUUUUACAUUCGUCGAUUAUUUCUUCGAAUUCAGGAUUGUUUUGGACGUCCGAUUUCGAGUGCUCCGGACGUGUGGUUUGAUGUUGUCCAGCGUUUCUCCAAUGACAAUAACAAGACUUUGAGACGGACAUCGAAGGUAACGAGGUGUCUGAACUUGGGGUCGUAUAAUUAUCUCGGGUUCGCUGCCGCUGAUGAGUAUUGUACGCCUCGUGUUAUUGAGACAUUGAAGAGGUUUUCACCGAGUACUUGCAGUCCUCGUGUUGAUGGAGGAACUACGACACUGCAUAACGAACUGGAGGAGAUUGCUGCAAACUUUGUUAGGAAGCCAGCUGCCAUAGUUUUUGGCAUGGGCCAUGCCACAAACUGUACCACUCUCCCUGUUCUGAUCGGAAAGGGAGGGUUAAUAGUUAGUGAUUCAUUAAACCACAACUCAAUUAUCAAUGGUGCUCGUGGUUCAGGAGCAACAAUUCGGGUUUUCCAACACAAUACACCAUCUCACUUGGAGGAAGUUUUGAGGCAGCAUAUUGCGGAGGGGCAACCAAGGACACAUAGGCCUUGGAAGAAGAUAUUUGUCCUAGUGGAGGGUAUUUAUAGUAUGGAAGGGGAACUCUGCAAACUUCCAGAGAUUGUUUCAGUAUGCAAGAAAUAUAAGGCAUAUAUUUACUUGGACGAGGCUCAUAGCAUUGGAGCAGUUGGGAAAACAGGAAGAGGUGUUUGUGAACUCUUAGGAGUGGACACAGCUGAUGUCGAUGUUAUGAUGGGAACUUUUACAAAAUCUUUUGGAUCUUGUGGGGGUUAUAUUGCUGGAUCUAAGGAACUAAUCCAAUACCUUAAAUACACUUGUCCAGCUCAUUUAUAUGCAACAUCAAUAUCGCCUCCAGCUGCACAACAAAUUAUAUCAUCCAUAAAGGUUAUUCUAGGAGAGGAUGGUUCUAGCAGAGGGGCUCAAAAACUUGAAAGAAUACGUGAAAAUAGCAACUUUUUCAGAUCAGAGCUGCAGAAAAUGGGUUUUGACGUUAUUGGAGAUAAUGAUUCACCAGUGAUUGCCAUAAUGCUUUACAAUCCAGGAAAAAUCCCUGCAUUUUCUCGGGAGUGCCUAAAGCAGAAUGUUGCUGUUGUGAUGAGUGCUUUUCCAGCUACCCCUCUACUUUUGGCCAGGGCACGUAUUUGCAUAUCUGCCUGCCAUGCCAUGGAAGACCUUCUCAAAGCAUUGGAGGUUAUCAAUCAAGUCGGCGACCUCAUCGGCAUAAAGUACUCCCCUGCCGGGUCUGAUAAACAGCAUCAGGAGCAAGGCGCAAUGAAGUUGGAGUGAGACUCAAGAAUCCCAUCUCGGUGAAAUUGCUCUAUGACAUGAAAGCUUUGAUCUAACAAUUUGAGUAGCAUAUAUAUAUGUGCAGCACUGAUUAGAAUUCCUCUUGAGGAUCAGAAAAUGCUGUAGCUGUCUUGCUAGCAUCGAAGCCUUCCUCUUGUUUAUUUAUGUGCUCUCAUGUCGUGUCCUGUGUAGCCUUACUGUAAAUUUGUUAAAUGCUUUGAUUCGUACCUCCAGUUAUCUCAUAAGCAUGUCGUCAACAAGAAUAUGCAGUUGUUUAUUUUGUCUUUGAUUCAGAAAUUAUUUUUUUCUAUUACAAAAAAAAUAUUAUUUUUUGUUAAUGUAAAAAUAAAAUCCAUAAUUAUUUUAUAAGAAA